AUGAGGGGUUUAGAACUUGAGCUGGAUUCUCUGCGUACCCAGAAAGGAGAUGAAGUGAAGUUGCUGAUGGAGAAUCUCAGCGCGAUUGAGAAAGACUACGGCUACUUCGAGAGCCGUGCAUAUGAAAUUAUGAACGCGUUUCAAGGUGCACAGAACAGGGUCAGAGAAUUGGAAGAGCAGCUUAGAGGUAAAACGCACGAAACUGAGACUGAUCAGAUGCCAGGGGUCCAAGAAGAAGAAGAAAGGAAGAGCUACGAAGAUGAAGAUGAAGAUGAUGCUUUUGAGUUCCCCACCCCUGCCGAUAAGAUCAUUCCUGUUUACCCCAUUUUUGGCAGAGAUAAGCUCGAUGGAGUUCCGGCAGGAACCUACUGCGUCUCCGGAAGAGUGAAGCAGCCAGAGGCCGGAGGAGGAGUGACGGUGGCGCAGGAGAGAGAUCGGAGGAGGCGGUUGUUGAUGCCGUACAAGCAAGAAGGGUUCUUUGCUAACGUGAAGAUGUUGACCAGAAAUGUCAAGCAAAUUGGAAAUGCUCUCAAAGCUAUCAAUAGCAAAGUGUUCUAAAUUUUUAUUUUUAUUUUAUUUUAUUUUUUGUAUUUACGUAUAU